GGCUUCUCUGGGAGGCCUAGCACAAGACAGUUUGAAAUCCAUGGAAAAUUCUGCAGAUAACCCUGUUGGUGAAAGUGAUCUGGCUUCCCAACCCACAUUCAGGAUUGAGCCUCUGGGAGAUGCUGAGGGUGUGUCUGCAGGGAGGACUUUUCCUGCUCCUUUGGUGGAUGUUGCACGCAAGCCCAGCUCCCAUCGCAGGGAUAACCCUGUUGGUGAAAGUGAUCUGGCUUCCCAACCCACGUUCAGGAUUGAGCCUCUGGGAGAUGCUGAGGGUGUGUCUGCAGGGAGGACUUUUCCUGCUCCUUUGGUGGAUGUUGCACGCAAGCCCAGCUCCCAUCGCAGGGGUCCUCCAGCGGGAAAGAACAAAGCUAAAGGACACAAGAAAGCCCAGGAACCAUCCAAACGCAUGGGACAGCUGUUGAGGGAAAUGGAACAGGCAGGACAAGAUAACCCUGUUGGUGAAAGCGAUCUGGCUUCCCAACCCACAUUCAGGAUUGAGCCUCUGGGAGAUGCUGAGGGUGUGUCUGCAGGGAGGACUUUUCCUGCUCCUUUGGUGGAUGUUGCACGCAAGCCCAGCUCCCAUCGCAGGGGUCCUCCAGCGGGAAAGAACAAAGCUAAAGGACACAAGAAAGCCCAGGAACCAUCCAAACGCAUGGGACAGCUGUUGAGGGAAAUGGAACAGGCAGGACAAGAUAACCCUGUUGGUGAAAGCGAUCUGGCUUCCCAACCCACAUUCAGGAUUGAGCCUCUGGGAGAUGCUGAGGGUGUGUCUGCAGGGAGGACUUUUCCUGCUCCUUUGGUGGAUGUUGCACGCAAGCCCAGCUCCCAUCGCAGGGGUCCUCCAGCGGGAAAGAACAAAGCUAAAGGACACAAGAAAGCCCAGGAACCAUCCAAACGCAUGGGACAGCUGUUGAGGGAAAUGGAACAGGCAGGACAAGGGAUGGACAGAGAGGCUUUAUGGAAGGCAGCAUUUCCUGAAGGAAGGGAGGCAAUUCCAGGCAUGGGCACAGUCACAGGAGAUUGGGAUCGUGACAUGGCUUCUCUGGGAGGCCUAGCACAAGACAGUUUGAAAUCCAUGGAAAAUUCUGCAGGCAAGUUCUCAAUGUCCCUUUUCCUGAGAGAAUAAUCAGUGUCAGUGUGGCAAGACCUCACUCAUGUGCCA